AUGUUCGAAGAAGACCUCUGCCUCCAGUGCGGCGUCAAGCCCUGCGCGCCGUCCUCUGUCUACUGCUCGCACUCCUGUGCAGAGCUCGACGCCGCGCCCAGCUCGCCUGCUCUCUCGCCAUCGCAGUCUACCGCGUCCUCGGCCUUCCCUUCGCCUAGCUUACCGCCUUCGCUCGGCAGCAACUACAACAUCCCGCCAUUGGCUCUCGACCGCGCCGGUGCAGCCAUCAUCGCCGCCAAGGGUCGUGGAGAUGUCUGGGACGAUAGCGACUCUGAUGCGUCCGAGCCCGCGUACGCUCUCAGCUACGCCCGCCGGCCAUCUGCUACCAACAACCGGUCCAUGAUCCCGACACUCACACACUCCAAGCCGAGCAUGCACCGCCGCGGCUCGUCGUCGCUCUCGUCGGACCUCUCCGUCUCGCCGUCCUCGUCGACGCACACCCAUCUGCACUCGCAAACUACCAUCACCGCACGGAAGCGUGCCAACCGCGCCUCGCUCCCGGCACACUUCCAGCUCUUACAAACCGCAUCAUCACACUCGCCCUCGUUGCGCGCCACACGCCCGGGCCUCGCCAUCCCAUCACUCGCCUUAUCGGGCGCGCAUACUCGCGUCAGCCCGAGCACGCCCAAGCUGGCUGGCCCCGCAUUCGACUGCACCCCGGCCCUUGCCGGCGCCUCGCCCUCGAGCGCGCCCAUGGCCAGCAUCGCAUCAACAUACGCAUCGACCUACGCUAGCGAAGAGCGUGGCCGGAGGCGUGAGCCGGGGAGCUCGCGCCGCCGCGAAUCAAGUCGCAGCGCCAGCCGCAGCCGGAACAGGAGUAGGAGCAGGAGCCGCCCACCGCGCGAGGCCGACGACGAGGCGCGCGGCCGCCGCUUUGCGGGUGCUCGGGACUGGGUUGGCGCACGCGAGUACGGCUUCGGCCAUGGCCGCACGGGCCUUAUCGCGCGAGAGACCGAGGCUGGCCGCGGACGCGCGAGGUGA